AUGGGUUGGUAUAAGGAUAUACUACUACAGAUCCUACUACUACUUCUACUAAAGUGUCUGACAAUUCUAGCUGAUUCCAGCUCUGUAUUCCAGAAUGUCACCCAACCACAGCUUGAUUAUGGAUCAAUUGGAGAUCGAAUAGGCUUCUUUGGAUCAUUUUCAGCUGUGAGCUUCUAUAACCACAGAGGUGCAUCAGAUCAACUCAGCUUACCUUCAAACUCACCAAACAAUGCACUUGGCAAACGAGACAAUUCAUCAUCAUCAACAAAUACAAACUCAAACUCAAAUACAAACACAAACACAAACAGUCUCUACGUGCAAGACCCAACAAGUAAUUACAAUUUAAAAUAUGCUGACCUCGAUGGUCCAAUUAAUCAACUAUACAAACUAUCCGACAACACUGUUAUUCUAAAUGGUGACUUCACUACAUUUAAUGGUAAACUGGUGAAAAGUCCAUUAAUUUACAACAUCACUUCAAAUUCAACCACUGAUAUAAUAACAGACGACGACAAGGUCGAUGGACAUGUCAACACAAUCUUUAUUGACAACGACUUGGUUUAUCUUGGGGGUAACUUUACCUACAACAAUACCGUUGGAGCAGCAAUUUACAACACAACAUCAAACAAGCUUUCGUCCACACUAUUCCAAGGGUUUGGUACCAAUGCAUCCAUCAAUUCAAUUGCUAAGCUAGCGGACAAGGAUGACAAGACUUUGGGGUCAAUUUUGUUUGGUGGUUCUUUCAACACUUUGGGCUUGUCGGAUUUACUAAUACACAAUCUAACCACGAAUUCAACACAUCAUCAUAAUGAAACAAACUCCACUAUUGUAAACGCUGAACAACAAAUAUCCCUCAGGCAUGGAUCGUUUACCGCUGUGAAUGCAAAGGACAACAGUCAAAAUUCACUUGUCAUAUGUCCAUCAGAAGACCAUAUAUGGGAAGCAGCUCCAAGUUCCGGAGCAGAGUGGAAAGUUGAACUUCCUGACGAAAUGAAAGGAGUAACUCCAACCAAGGCUCGUAUCUACAUACCCGAAAGCAACAACGGAAUCAAGUUGUUUAGAAUUUACUCCUACCCCAAUAACGGUAUCAUGAAUUUGACAUAUAUCGACCCCGCAACCAACGAGUUGCAAAAUUGUGACGCUUGGUGUCCAUUGGUGGCCUUUGACCAGUUGAACGAUCACGUGGAAAACAACAUCGAUAAUGCUACUGAGCUAAAUCGAGAUGAUGUUUUCGUUGACGAAGAGGAUGGAACAUACUUUAGAUACUACGAUCCUAGCACUAAAACUAAGAAUUUGGGGUACGGAGCCAAUUUCCAGGAAUUUGCCUUUGUUGAUUCCAUUAGUUUUGACUCUAUUGGCUUGACUAUUAUCGACUGGUUUGGCGAACAAGGGGCAUUUUCUGGUUUUGAGUUGUAUCAAAAUUCCAUACAAGUGUUUGGAAAUAAUACAUUGAAUGAACCAAAUUGCGGCAGUGAUUUUGGAAAAAGUAACAAUAAUUAUGCCGAGAUUGUUUCGGGUAAUUUUCAAUCAGUGAGAAAUGUUUCAGCUGCGGUUACAAACACCGACUAUUUGGUGAGUUACGACGCCUCAGCAAAGAUUGCAUUGUACCCAAAUGUUUCUUAUUCGGGGGAGUACUCCAUCAUAAUGACCACCCCAGGUUGCGCAAUUGACAAUUCAUGCUCACAAAGAGUCAUUGUUAAUGUAACGGUAUUUGGUGAUGACAAUGGCAUACUAUCAUCCAACUUGAUUCACCAAAAUAACGAAAAUGUCAAGUUUGAUUACUUGUAUCAUGGCCAUUUGAAUGGAUCUGAUGACGGCGCUAACAGGAUUGAGGUUCUGUUUUAUGAUACUAUUACCCCUGGUGCGGCAAAUCCAUUCAUGGUAGUUGACAAAGUAGUGGCGAAUAUUGUGUCAUUGGACCUGUAUUACGAUCGAAACAAUACUAAUCACACAAGAAGCUCAUUGAGGUCCAACUUGACUCGAAUUGAAUUGAAUGGAUUGUUUGAAUAUUCGUUGGGUAAUUUCUCCGAAUUCGAUGAAAAUUUGGUACAUCACAAGAUGGACAACAAGACAAUUUUGAGUCCAAACAACACCUACAUUGGUAAUUCGUCUAUCAACUUGUUGAGUAGUCGCUUCGCGAAUGACUCUAUUGUUGAUGAAAUCAAUGUCCACGAUGAUUCGAUAUUUUUGGUUGGAAACUUUGAGUCAGACAGCAAUAACCUAACAUUGUCGAAUAAUAAUUUGAUAACUUUGAAUGUCUCGUCUUACAACACCACAUCAAAUGAAUCUAGUAUAGACUUGCCCACAACUUUGAAGAAGAGGGACACACAAAAAUUUGAAGGUGCAACAUUCAACAACUCCAUAUCAAGAACAUUUACUCUCAACAAUGGGUUGUUAGUGCUUGGUCGAUUUAGUUUAACGGGCACCACAGUCAAGGAUCUUUCCAACAAAAACGAUACUGCUUCACAAGCGAAUAAUUUCGCGAUAAUGUCAAACGACAAUGAAUGGUUUGGUUUUGGAAAUGAUUACGAAGAUGUUGAAUUUGAUCAAUUUGCUGGCUUCACAAUUGAUGGCGUUGAAUACUAUGUGUUUUCAGCACAAGGCUCAUACUUUAGGACAUGGGACAACACCAAUUUCAAGUGGUCUAAUCGUCAAUUCAAUUUAACACAAGCGGCAUCAUUAACGUCACUGUUGCAAGUACUCGGAGGGUCCGGUUUCAAUGUUAUGGAUUAUUACACCAAUGAUCAAGCAUACAUCCAAAGUGCCAAUUUUUCCAAAUUUGGCAUUGACGUCUCGAAAAAUGUCAAUAGCUACAUUUCUAAAUCUUUUUACGUCAACAGUUCCGUCAGUGUCAUUGGCGGUAAAUUCAACUCAAGUAAUGUUGAAAAUGUUGGAAUCAUCAGUAACAAAGACCCGUCAAAUACAAUUCAACAGCUACAGGGUGACAUUUUGUGGAAUAAUGAUACCAUCAUUCAGUCAUUAUAUGCAGAUGGCAACAGUGAGUACUUGUUUAUUGGUAUGAACUCGUCGGUAUCACUCGAAGAUGAGGAAAUCACCGGACUCAUCAUAUAUGAUCUUAAGAACAACACUUUUGCGUCAUUCCAACCAGCUGCACUCUCAAAUAGCAAUGGCAAUCCAAUCAGUGUUAAUUCGAUAGUGUUGUAUGAUGACGGAAACAAAUUGCUCGUUGGUGGAGACUUUGAUACUGCCGGGUCACUAAGUUGCAAAUCCUUGUGUGUUUACGAUAUUGCCAAUACGAGGUGGCUUGAUCCACAAAAUGACAAUACUGGCCAGACUUCCACCAUCGGCGGAGUCAUUACUGAUAUGAAGUUUUACACAUCGAGUAGAGUUCUCAUAUCCGGUAAGAACUUGACCCUUGAUAAUCAAGAUGUUGUAUUUCUUACAUACAAUUUCAAGGGCGGAUCUUUUGAUACUGACUCGGCUUUAAAUGCUUUGAACAAGCCUGUCAACCGCUUUAUUUUGAAUGAUCGUUCAAAUAAGGAACUGAGCGGUAGAAUGAUUGCAAUGGGAGACGAAUUCAUUUCUGGAUUCGAUGGGUCCAAAUGGUCCCGCAUUGAUGACCAAAUUGAAUACUCUGAUUCAAACUUCGCGGUGUUCCACGACUUGAAAUUGUUGACCUUGUCGAAAUCAUCUUCAUACAAUGGGGAUUUGUUUGAUAAUGAUCGUAUUUUGCUUGUUGCCGGAACUUUCCCACUCAAAGACUAUGGCCUCCUCAAUAUGGCCUUGUUCAAUGGUACUUCAUGGAUCCCAUACGUUUACACCACAUCUCCAAAUUCGUUCCCCACAAUUGGAGAUGUCAAGACUAUAUUGAUUGACGAUUACUACCGUCUUCAAUCAUCUGACGAUUUGAAAAACUUGCAUCAUUACUUGUCCAAGGGAAAAGUUGUUGGUAUUUCGUUGGCGUGUGCUUUAGGAUCGACUUCGUUGUUUGGAUUAUUGUAUUUGAUCCCUUAUCUUGCGUUGUUGAGGAACCGAAAGGGAUAUGUACAAAGGAUUCAUGAGCAGGAUAUGAUUGAUAGUGUUAAUCCCGAGGACUUGUUGCAUGAGAUUGAUUUACAAAGGGAGAAAUAA